UCUCCAAAGUAAAAAGUUCCUGUGUGAUCAUUUACCAACAGCUCCUCUUUAACAGACCAGGUCCUUGAUUUCAUAAAGAGAAGCAUAAUGUCUCAGGAAGGUGAUUAUGGGAGGUGGACAAUAUCCAGUAGUGAUGAAAGUGAGGAUGAAAAGCCAGAACUAGACAAGCCAUCUACCUCUUCUCUCCCCCAUGCUGGGCAAGGAGCAACAAAUGAGCCAAGGUACACCUGUUCUGAGGCCCGGAAAGCCUCACACAGGAGGAAAGUAUCACCCAUGAAAUUCAGCAACACAGAUUUGGGAUCACCUCCCAAAAAGCAGAAAAGUGGUUCCCAGGAGUACCUAGGUUGGUGUCUCUCCAGCAGUGAUGAUGAGCUGCAACCAGAAACGCCACAGAAGCAGGCUGAGAAAGUGGUAGUCAAAGAAGAGGAAGACAUCUCUGCUCCCAAGGAUGGCACUGCCCAAAGAACUGGAAAUCUUGGCCCUCCUGCCUGCCACAGGCUCAAAGAGGAGGAAAAUGAAUACGAAACGUCAGGGGAAGGCCAGGAUAUUUGGGACAUGUUGGAUAAAGGGAACCCCUUCCAGUUUUACCUCACUAGAGUCUCAGGAAUUAAGCCCAAGUACAACUCUGGAGCCCUCCACAUCAAGGAUAUUUUGUCUCCUCUAUUUGGGACACUUGUUUCUUCAGCUCAGUUUAACUACUGCUUUGAUGUGGACUGGCUCAUAAAACAGUAUCCACCAGAGUUCAGGAAGAAACCAAUCCUGCUUGUGCAUGGCGAUAAACGAGAAGCUAAGGCUCGUUUGCAUGCCGAGGCAAAGCCUUAUGAAAACAUUUCCCUCUGCCAGGCAAAGCUGGAUAUUGCAUUUGGAACACACCACACGAAAAUGAUGCUACUGCUCUACGAAGAAGGCCUCCGGGUUGUCAUACACACCUCCAACCUCAUCCGUGAGGACUGGCACCAGAAAACUCAAGGAAUAUGGUUGAGCCCCUUAUACCCACGAAUUGUCCAUGGAACCCACACAUCUGGAGAAUCAACAACACAUUUUAAAGCUGAUCUCAUCAGUUACUUGAUGGCUUAUAAUGCUCCUUCUCUCAAGGACUGGAUAGACAUCAUCCACGAGCAUGAUCUCUCUGAAACAAAGGUUUAUCUUAUUGGUUCAACCCCAGGACGCUUUCAAGGAAGUCAAAAAGAUAAUUGGGGACAUUUUAGACUCAGGAAGCUUCUGAAAGAACAUGCCUCAUCCAUGCCUGCAGCAGAGUCCUGGCCUGUAGUAGGUCAAUUUUCAAGCAUUGGCUCCUUGGGGGCUGAUGAAUCAAAAUGGUUAAGUUCUGAGUUUAAAGAGAGCUUGCUGACACUAGGGAAGGAAAGCAAGACUCUAGGAAAAAGUGCUGUUCCUCUUCAUUUGAUCUAUCCUUCUGUGGAAAAUGUACGGACCAGCUUAGAAGGAUAUCCUGCUGGGGGCUCUCUUCCCUAUGGCAUCCAGACAGCUGAAAAACAGAAUUGGCUGCAUUCCUAUUUUCACAAAUGGUCAGCUGAGACUUCUGGCCGCAGCCGUGCCAUGCCACAUAUUAAGACAUAUAUGAGACCUUCUCCAGACUUCAGUAACAUUGCUUGGUUCCUUGUCACAAGCGCAAAUCUGUCCAAAGCCGCCUGGGGAGCAUUAGAGAAGAAUGGUACCCAGCUCAUGAUCCGCUCCUACGAGCUUGGAGUCCUUUUCCUCCCUUCCGCAUUUGGCCUAGACAGUUUCAAAGUGAAACAGAAAUUCUUCUCUGGCAACCAGGAGUCGGCCACCUUUCCUGUGCCAUAUGAUCUCCCUCCAGAACUGUAUGGAAGUAAAGAUCGGCCAUGGAUAUGGAACAUUCCUUAUGUCAAAGCACCAGAUACACAUGGGAACAUGUGGGUGCCCUCCUGAGAAUCUUAAAGCUGUGAAAUUUAAAUGUAAGACAUUGAGCCCAAGCAUUGAAUGUUCUUGUUAUGUGUACUGGAUGUUCACUUCCUUAAAGUCUUAUUUGCACCCCUAUAAAACUCUUUGCAAAGGUUGCUCUUAUGAACAUCGAUGUUGGUUAUACUUUUAAUGGUCAUUAUUAAUAUUCUCACUUUAGAAAAGGUUUUUUCUUAAUUCGCUUUUA